UUAACAAGUCAUCAAAGAAAAGCCUACAUAGUGUUGAAGAUAGACCGUCCGAACCAAGAAAGCACUAACCUCCGCUCGACUCAACAGAAAGCUUAUCCGACCGUGCAUGAUAAUAACCACAAUGUCUCACUUGAGUCCAAGGCGGCAGGAUUCCUCACUCUCUCUAUGGCCAGCCGAUCGCCCUUCAGCGGAGUUGCAUGACCUUCCUCCAUACAUCCAAUUUCCCAUCCAACAAAGUGGAUUUCCGCUGGAAGAUAGAGCGAGAGAUCAGCAGGCGAAAACCGCCUCCGUCAGCCACCACAACCUUACUCGGACGUCGUGUCUUUUAGUUGGAUUUGAGUCCUGUACGUACGCUCGUGUACGUAGGUUGAGUCUGUACGGUAGCAGUAGCGAUGCCUGCUCCCCUCGGACAUUCACCUCGGAUGUUAUUGUCUCAGGGGGUUGGGCCUUACCCGUUCUGGUAACGAGGGCCGACCGCCGCGGAGGUAAAUUUGUGGCAGUGGAGUCCCUAGUGGGGGGAGGGGGGGCUGCUGCUGCAGUGUUUGCUGCCACGAUGAAUUCUUGGAUCUUGAGUCAGCGGCGCGGGACCGCGGAAUUGGGGUUUGUGGGUUUGUUACGAGUUGAUGAUUAGUCUCUGGGUUGAUGGUGGUUUUAUUGGGGGUGUAGAGUUUCUUUAAGGGUUGGAGGGGGAAGUACGGAUACAUUGUCUGCGUUCUGAGCGAUGGGUGGGCUUCUGUGGUUUGGGUUGCGGUGUCAAUGUACAACCGUAACCAUGUCGCGAAGAUGGUUUAUCCCUGGAGAGAGGAUAUGGAGGAUAGUGAGAGGAAGGAGAGGAA